AUGACCAUCUACGACCCGCUUGGCCUCAUAGACCAUUUCCUGAUCCUGCUUAAAAUUCUUCUGCAAGAUGAGUGGCGCGCUGGUGUACAGUGGAACGAAUGUAUUCCCGAGAACUUAUUCGAGAGAUGGCAAAGUUGGCUACGGUUACUCCCUGAGUUGGAACAGCUGCGUAUUCCUAGACGAUAUCAGCAAAUACUGGCGUUGACCAAACCUGGCAGCGUUAGUCUGCAUGCAUUUAUGGAUGCCAGCGAGAAUGCUAUGACUGCGGUUGUGUUUCUGCGCUUUGUAAUAGGAAAGAACGUGGACUAUUCAUUGGUGGCAGCCAAGACUCGAGUUGCGCCGCUUAGAUACACAUCCAUCCCACGUUUAGAGCUUGAAGCAGCAAUUUAUGGAGUUAGACGACGCGUCGGAAGAAAUUCACCCGCCGCUGGCCCCUUGUCAUGCGAAGAGUUGAGAAAAGCGGAAGGCCAUCAUUACCGCGAAGCGCAACGAGACGUGUACCAGGACGAAGUUAUAACGUUGAAGAAGACCGGCAUAGUUCCGAAAACGAGUAGUAUCUACAAGCUGAGCCCAUUUGUAGAUGACGUAGGUGUUUUGAGGAUGAGAGGUAGAACAGGUGUAUGUGCUUAUCUCCAUAGCGAUGCGAAGAAUCCUGUAAUUUUACCAUCAAGCCAUCGAGUUACAGAGCUGUUGCUGAUAUACUACCACGAGAAAUAUAUGCAUCGUAACUAUGAAAUUGCCGUCAAUGAAGUACGUCAAAAGUGCAGUAUAUUUCGCUUGAGACAGUCGCCUUCAAGAGUUCGUCGAAACUGCCAGUGGCGUAAAAACAGAGAUGCUGUACCCAUCACACCGGAAAUGGCUGAUCUGCCUGCAGCGCGGCUAUCUGCCUAUACAAGACCAUUUGCUCAUGUAGGGGUGGACUACUUCGGUCCAAUUGAGGUACUAGUGGGUCGAAGAGUUGAAAAGAGAUGGGGGGUACUUCUAACCUGUUUGACGACGAGAGCCGUACAUAUUGAGGUAGCUAACACUCUAACAACAAACUCCUGCAUAAUGGCACUGCAAAAUUUCAUAACUAGAAGAGGAACUCCAGUAAGCUUCUAUAGCGACCGGGGAACCAAUUUUGUUGGUGCCAGCCGGAUGUUAGAUCAGAUACAGCAAACUCUCGAUGGACAGCAGCUGAUGCGUGAAUUCAUUACUCCCACUACCGCUUGGCGCUUCAAUCCGCCGGUUUCGCCCCACAUGGGCGGUAGUUGGGAGCGCCUUGUCGGAUCCGUUAAACGUAAUCUGACCGAAGUGCUACACCUGCGGCGUCCCACGGAUGAAGAGCUGAGAAACGCGCUAACGGCGAUAGAAGGUGUUCUGAACGCGCGGCCUCUUACUCAUGUGCCGAUUGAGGAUGAGGCGGCUCCCGCUCUCACACCCAACCAUUUUCUCUUGGGUUCAUCAGACGGAUCCAAACCGUUGACGACGAUCGAAGGGGAUACUGCAGCAUUGCGACGUGGUUGGCCAACUUCUCAGUGGUUAGCCAAUCUCUUCUGGAAACGCUGGGUCAAGAACUAUUUACCCGAAAUAACUCGGCGCACCAAGUGGUACGAGAAGUUUGGCCAUUGA